AGCUACGAACGACCAGCAAGUCAAGAAGCUAUCACGGCCGCCCGCGCAUUUCUCACUGAAUGCGCGCACGCCCUAAUCCCAGACAAGGAUGCAGAUGGUCUCUGCUCCGGGCUCAUCCUCCACCUUACUUUCCUCAACCUCGGCCUCGUGCCGCCCCUCCUCUCCGUACACAUUGUCGCCAAAGGCUCCAACGUGCACGCUGUAUCCAAGCGCACCGCUAUCGCCCACCACGGUCCAUGCUACACCAUCCUCGCUGACCAGGGCAUCUGCGCACGCCCGCCGAUCACCGAUGACGCCACCAUGAGGACGCUCAUCGUCGACCACCACCUGAGCGACGUCUUCCCCGAGGGCGCACAGGUCCUGUCCGCUGCGCGCUACGAGCCCGUGGCCACGUCUUCCACGCUCGCACAUAUCCUCUGCCGACCACUCGUACUUGCGGCCUAUGGAUCUGCCGAGAUCAGUGAACAGCUGGAAUACCUAUGUGUGAUGGGGACAAUGGACGACCGAGGCACCACAUUUCGCUGGGAACCGCCGCUCCAUGAUAUGCGCGACUGCAUCAAAUGAUACUCGAAUAAGGUCCUAAACGAAACGAGGCCCUCAUGAACGCUCGGCAGUGUCUUCAACCACUCACCAUCACGACAUACGUCAAUUCCACUGACACAACAACCAGCCCGCCGCACUGCGCUACGACGUCCUUUCCGCCUGGACAGCGCUACUCAACACCUCCUCCCCGCACGACCUCGUCUCCCCCUCCAUCCCGCACGCCCGCCGUCUGCACGGCGCGUCGAGAAGUGCGCGAUGAGACACAGCGCUGAGCACACUCUGCACCGACGUUCUCAGGUCAUGGGCGCGUCGCGCUCAUCCG